CCCCCCCGAUCAAAGCAGCUCUUUCUAAGAAAAGCUGCAAUAAAAGCUAUUUUUAAAUGGGACUGAAGCCGUUAUUUCCCCCCCCCCGGAUGACGACGGCGAUGAGCAGAUAUUUUGACCUCUACUCUGAGCUGUGAUUGGCUCCAUGGUUGUUAAAGUCUGUGUGGUUGAGCUCAUCUGUCCUGGGGAGUUUUAAUCAGAGCUGCACUUGACGGGUGACGGCUUCAACCACAUUUGAGCUAACGAGAACUUUUUUGUAUCACCGCGGCAUCGUGGGCCGUCCGGCCGUGAGGCGGCACCUCUCCAGCGUGCUUUAUGGUGCGAGGGAAGCACUUCUGGUCUAAAUCCAACGCACACGUCGACAAAAUGACACUGAAAUGAAGCUUGGCCUACUUUUCUUGUCCCGGGGUCAAAAUGAGCAAGCAUGCAGAAAUGUUUUCUUUCUUUGCGUCGUCUCCUCCCACUUAAGGCAUCUUGUUAUUACGACAACUCUUGUGUUUUCUCCUCUCACACUCUCUUGAUCUCAUUUGACACUGGGAGCUUCGGAGCGAACUGUGGAAGGAAGCUUUCAACUGUGAGGCAAACACGUGCAGCCACAACAUCCCAGCGCGUUCUUUUGACAUUAAUUUUACACGAGCAAACAGCUGAACUGCUGCCUCCUGUGCGGAGGAAUAAUAGGAGCUUCCACAUCUGUAUCUGAAUUUUACUGCCCAGUGCUGCUGAACGUGAACACCGUCUGGAUGUGUGCAACAUGUAUUUGAAUAAUUUAGAACAUAAUGCAUGGAGGAUAAAAUACUUAAAUAAGUCAAAUUACAGAGACUGAUAUUAAAGUUGUGUAUGAUUAUCUCAUAAAUAAAAAAUAAUAAUAAAUAAGCAUUUUAAAAGAAAUUAUACAAUAGUUUAAUGUAUUUCUUUGUCAUUAAACUAGAUUUUAUUUUAUUUUCUGUUGGAAAGCUUUUAGACUUCAGCCGGUGGAGCCGCUCCGCUGGAGAAAAUGGUGCUGUGUCUUUAAGGGCUCUUGCUGUAAUUCAGCUAUCACAUGGCCAUGAAAAAGAGAUCAAGCUUGAAGUCAUCCACAAACAGACGGCGGAAAAAAAAACUUGAAUUCUGAAUAAUACAGCAGCAGCUUCCGGUGUUUUCCACCUGAUUCUCAGCCCAGAAGACGGAGUCGGGUUGGAGAGCUACAACAACUUCUGCUUCUCUCUUCAUCUUAAAAUGCCUCUGAACAGUUUCUGCUGGCUCUGGGCUUCGUCUGUCUUUUUUCUACAAGGCAGGUCGGGACUCUGUAAAGAGAUGAAGUCCCCCAACAAGACACCCAAAGCCCCGUCUCCGUCUGACUUCCUGGACAAACUGAUGGGACGCACAUCUGGCUACGAUGCUCGCAUCAGACCCAAUUUUAAAGGUCCUCCUGUGAAUGUCACCUGUAACAUCUUCAUCAACAGCUUUGGAUCCAUCACAGAGACGACCAUGGACUACCGGCUUAACGUGUUUCUUCGGCAACAGUGGAACGACCCACGACUGGCUUAUAAGGAAUAUCCGGACGACUCCCUGGAUUUGGACCCCUCCAUGUUGGACUCCAUUUGGAAGCCUGACCUUUUUUUUGCAAAUGAAAAGGGAGCAAACUUCCACGAAGUUACGACAGACAACAAACUUCUUCGGAUAUUCCAGAAUGGAAAUGUCCUCUACAGCAUCAGGCUGACUCUCACUCUUUCUUGUCCGAUGGACCUGAAGAACUUCCCCAUGGACAGCCAGAUGUGUACUAUGCAGCUGGAGAGUUUUGGAUACACGAUGAAUGACCUCAUCUUUGAGUGGCUGGAUGUUGGAGCAGUGCAGGUGGCUGAUGACCUGAUGCUCCCGCAGUUUGUGCUGAAAGAGGAGAAAGGUCUUGGCUACUGCACCAAAUACUACAACACAGGCAAAUUCACCUGCAUCGAGGUCAAAUUCUACCUGGAGCGCCAAAUGGGUUACUACCUGAUCCAGAUGUACAUACCUAGCCUGCUCACCGUCAUCCUGUCCUGGGUGUCCUUCUGGAUCAACAUGGACGCCGCUCCGGCCAGAGUGGGGUUAGGGAUCACCACUGUGCUCACAAUGACGACGCAGAGCUCAGGCUCAAGGGCCUCACUGCCGAAGGUGUCCUACGUCAAAGCCAUAGACAUCUGGAUGGCAGUGUGUCUUCUUUUCGUGUUUGCGGCGCUGCUAGAGUAUGCAGCUGUUAACUUUGUUUCACGGCAGCACAAGGAGUUCUUCCGACUGAGGAAGAAGCUCAAAGAGCAGCAAAGGCUGAGGACUCAGGGCAGCAGUGACAGUAAGGUGAAGGGAAAUAACACGCCAGGGAACACUCCGUAUCAUGGGAGUGUGAGCCAGCGUUGCAGCGCCUGUGCCAGGGAGGAGGAGCUGGCCCAUCAGGGUUUUCUCUUCCAGAGCAUUGGACUCGCUCUGUCAGCAGGAACUGCACCAGAGAUGGAUGCAACCCCGGUCUUUGCCGACUUACCUCCUGGUUUAGGUUUUUAUGAAAUCCGGCGACGCUUCGUGGAACGGGCAAAAAGGAUCGACACCAUCUCCAGAGCUCUUUUCCCCAUGAGCUUCCUCAUGUUUAAUGUCCUCUACUGGCUCACCUACAAGGUUCUACGACACGAGGAUGUCCAGCUCACACUGUGAAGACACCCCGAGGACGGCAGACACGACUUCUCUUCACUGAAACUGACAGACUGAACGUCCCUAGAUAAGAUGCAUUUUGACUGCAUGCAGGAUACCACUGCAAAAAUCUGGCUUUUAUGCAACUCUGAUGGUUUGUUUUCCAUUUUAUUUCUGCCAGACGUGCACUUUUUAAAAUUUACAGUGAGUCAGAAACGAUCAAAUCCUUAUAUUCCAACUGAAACAAACAGUUAUUCUCCUAAAUGUCAUGGUUCCAAACACAUCACUGAGACAUAACAGAUAUCACUGAGCUGCACUUACUGCUGUGUUGUUGUCACACUUUUAUUUACAGGCUUGACAUUUCUACUGCAUAACUCUAGGAGUGAAUAUAUCUAUAUUUUUAAGACAUUAAUAUUUUAUCUUACAGAAAUUAUCCAAGAAAAAUUAAAUAAUAAAGUCUGAAAUAACAGUGGAUCAUCAGAAUGUCUUUUAUUUUGAAAAGACAGUGAGCCCUGAAGUAGGUUGAAAAGCCAAAGGAAAGAUGUUGAUUGACUGCUGUCCUGAUUCAUCACAAGGAGGACGCUGCAGAGGCAGCUUGGACCCAUAUCACAGGUUCUGAGAGGUUCUGCUGAGGAACCAACGUCUCCUUAAGGCUAUGGUGCCUGUCUGCUGCAACAGGUCCACUAUCACGGUCCAAAAAGAAUCAGUUGCACAACCAUCUAGAGUAGGAGUCUGCAACAUUUACAAUCCAAAAAGCCGUUUUUCUCCUCAAACUUUGUUUAGAGCUAAAAAGGAGUUUAGAGCGUUAGUGGUGGUCAGAGGGGCCGACGGCGCCAAAUGGCAGCCUCGCCUCUGUCAGACCUCCCCAGGGCGGCUGUGGCUACAAGUAGCUUACCAUCACUAGCAGUGUGUGAAUGUGAGAGUGUGUGAAAGCGUCUUUGGGGGUUUUGAAAAGCGCUAUAUAAGUUCAAUGCAUUAUUAUUAUUAUUAUUAUUAUUAAUAUUAUUAUAACAGGAAGUGUGGGUGGAGUAAGACUGGUAGUAAGGUGACUGACUUCAAACUUGCAUUUUUAUUUUAUCCACACAUUAUUUCUUUAUCAUUUCUUAGAGGCUGACUGCUUAGUAGUGCAUUACAUAAUAUGGUUAAAGCUGUAAUACUUUGAAUAAUAGUUUAUUAAAGCUUAAUAAUGCACUACGUAACUUAAUAAAUGGAUCCUUAUUGUAACGUUUUACCAAAUUUACAUUUCAUUACAACCUAACUGCUGAAAAUAAAUAA